CAGAUCGCACGCCGACGCCGCGCGAUGGAUCAUCGGCAGACCGCCGGCCACGCCAGACAGGCUCGUGAGGACCGCCUGAGCAAGCUAGGCGACAGCGUGCUCGGCCACAUCCUCUGCUUCCUCGGCACCAAGGAGGCCGCGCGCGCCGCUGCCCUCUCGUCGCGGUGGCGCGACAUCUUCGCCAGCGUCCACACCGUCGCCCUGGAGGAGCCGGAAAAGCCCGUCCCCGACUACGACCAUAACGGUGGAUACUACGACCCCAAUCCGCCGCCGCCCUUCAACCUCGUCGUCCAGAAGGCCCUCUGCGCCCGCAGCCGCCGUCCGUUCCCCGCUGCCGCACCGGUGCCGCUGCGCGCGCUCCGCGUCGCCUUGGAAAGUUACGCCGGCGGCGACGCCUCCACGGUGGACCAGUGGGUCACCGGCGCCUUGAUGCAUGCCGGCCCAGAGCUCCAGGUCCACCUCCGCCUCCGCCGCGUCCCCGUCUGCCUCCGACCUGACCCCAUCCACGACGCCGCUGGCUCAGACAAGGACCACGCUGCUAGCUCAGACGAGGACGUCGGCGAGACUCCCGUUGCUCCCGAGGCUAUCGAUGAGAACGACGAUGUCGCCUCUAGCGCCGACGAGUCGGCUCCACAAUACUGGCAGCUGCCGCCUGCAGUGUACACCGUCCCCGGGCAGCUCUUCUCCUCCACCGCGUUGCGAGCACUCUGUCUUGGCUCCUGCAGGCUCUGCCCGCCGGCGACCAUCAGACUGGCGGCGCUCAGAGCUCUCCACCUCACCCACGUCCCCGACGAGGAGGAGCACGUGCAGAGGCUCAUCUCCGCGUGCACAUUGCUCGCUGAUUUGACGCUGGAGGCCUGUGCCACGGUGACCACGCUCUCCCUCCUCGACAACACGCGUCUCCGCGGGCUUACAAUCCGGUGCUGCCACAACCCACAAGCUUGCCACCGUCACCGUCGACCCGACAGAGCUUCGAUCUUUGGAGUACCGUGGCGGUGUCCCAGGCAAAUCGUUUCUCACCGUGCCGGGGGGCGGUGGUUUUCCGUCCAUCACGUCAUGCAAACUCGACAUUUGCGCAGUCUGCGUCGAUGA